AUGCUGGUGGCCUCCCUGCGCAUCGACAUGGCCCCCGGUGAGCGAGCGCUGACGGUCAAGGCGCCGCCGGUCGACAUGGAGUUGCUCCAUCGUCGGCUAGGGCACAUCAGCGAACGGCGCGUCCGCGCGUCAACUGGCGCGGCCGAGAUCGUCACGCGCGGAGACAGCGUCGAGCAGUGCGAAGUGUGCAUCCGCGCGAAGCAAACACGGGCACCCAUCGGUGCUGGUCCAACUCAGCGCGCCGAAACCGUCAUGGAGCUUGUACACUCCGAUCUCUGCGGGCCACUUGCUGAAACGCCAGGCGGCCGUCGCUACUUCGUGUCGUUCAUCGACGACUAUACGAGGGCCAAGACCGGCCUCACGUCGGCGUUCGACGACUACCUCCGAGCCGCGCCCGGUGGACGCAAGUGUCGGUACCUGCGCUCCGACCAAGGCGGCGAGUACAUGGGGCGCAAGUUCCAGGACCUCCUACGCGCGAACGGCGUCACCCACGUCCCCGUCUCAUCGCACGCGCCCGAACUCAACGGAGUCGCCGAGCGGUUCAACCGCACGGCGCUCACCAUGGUUCGAGCCUACCUCGCCGAGUCCAGCGUCAAGGAGGAGCUCUGGGGCGAGGCCCUCUACACGGCCGUCCACGUGCUCAACCGCACGUGCGACGCCACGACCGUGCAGACACCGUUCGAGCGCUGGUUCGGCAAGCCAGCCACACUCGUGCAUGUACGCGUGUUCGGCUGCCGAGCUUUCGCCCUCGACCACCGCGACAAGCGCUCCAAGCUGGGCAGCCAAGCCCGCGCGGCCACGUAUCUCGGCCCAGCAAGUGAGCACAACCACACCCACCGGCUCCUCCUCGACGACACCGAGAAGGUGAUCAUCACACGCGACGUUAUAUUUCAAGAGCGAGUCAUGCCUGCCAAGCGCGUGGCGACCCCGCCCGGCUCGGAGACCGUCGACAACGGUGAGCGGCACAUCAAGCCACCCAACGUCCGCCUGUACAAGGUGCCGCCCACCACGAAGGGCAUCCGAGCUGCCAAGAAGACGGGCCGUGGCCGCAUCGAUCUCCACGACGGUGCGAUCGGUGCCAACCGUGUCGACUUAGCACAGCAAGACGACACGGUUGACACUGAUCACACCCGCGCGACCAGGCAACGUUUCGACGCCCUGCGUGAGCUCUCCCGUCUGGGAGAUCCUCCUGAUGACGUCGACAUGCCGGAUCUCUAUGAUCCCGAUCUCCGCCGUGCACUCACCACGGACUCGAGGGGCGACACUGAGAUCAACCCCGCUCCGAAUGCACCCCGUCGAUCGCAACGGACACGCACACCCAACGUGCGUCUUCAGGAGCUCGCCUCCAUCGCCAGCGAAGCCCCCAAGACACCGAACAGUUACAAAGACGCGCUCGCCUCGCCCGAUGCCGCUCGUUGGCAGAAGGCGAUGCAGGAGGAAUUCGAAGCGCUCAUGCGCAAUGGGACCUACGUCCUGGUCCCGCUUCUGCAGGGGCGCAAGCCCAUCGGCGCCCGAUGGCUGUACAAGGUCAAACUACACGCCGACGGCUCGAUCGACCGCUACAAGGCCAGGUGGCACCUUCUCUCCUGUCGUAUACGGAUCGAGAACCUCCGGUUGCUACUCGCCUUCGCGAACGCACGCAACCUCGAGAUCCACCAGGUUGACGUCGACACGGCGUUUCUCCACGCCAAGCUCACCGAGGAGAUUUACAUCUCCCAGCCCGAGGGGUUCGUUAACAAGCAACGACCCCACCACGUCGGACGACUGCUGAAGAGCCUCUAUGGGCUUAAGCAGGUGCUGCUCGAGUGGAACCGUGCCAUUGAUGCCCAUCUGCGCAAGUCCCACUUUGAACCCACUGACUUGGACCUGUGCAUCUACAUUUGUCAAGGCCACCACUUGGCCAUCGUCGCACUCUACGUUGACGACUGCACCAUCAUCGCUCACAAGUCCAAGCUCAGGGGCGUCAAGCAUAUCAUCGCCUACGGCUUCCCGAUCAAGGACCUCGGAGAAGCAACCUCUUGCGGCAAGAUUGACAACAUCCUCGCCACCUUUGGACUCACCAACAGCAAGCUGGUCUCCACGCUGAUGCUGCUGAACCUACAGCUGCCAGUCGACACCAAGCAACAUGACACCUUUGAAUACCACAGCGCCAUUGGCAUGCUGUUCUGCUUCGCCAACAACUUUGGCCCUGAACAUGUCACCGCCGUCAAGCGCAUCAUGCGCUACCUCGCUGGCACAGCCAACCUGGCGAUCUGCUACUCGCGCGACCUCUACGACAACAGGGACGUCGCAACCCACGUACCUAUUGGGUACUGCAAUGCUGACUGGGGCAACAUUGAAGUCAACCACCGAUCGGUCUCCAGCGUCAUCUUCAUCUUCUGCAGAGGCACCAUCUCAUGGAGUGUCAAGACACAGAAAUGCGUCGUGCUCUCCUCCACUGAAGCUGAGCUCAACGCCAUCUCUGAGGCAAUGCGCCAGGCACUCUAUGUGCGCAAGCAUCUGCUGGCCCUUGGAGUUGACACCCAACAACCACUCUCUCUCUUCAAUGACAACCAGAGCACACUGGCCAUUGUUGACAUCUUGUCUGGCACCUACCACAGCUGCAUGAAACAUUACAACAUCAAACUCAUGCACCUGUGUGACAUGACCAGUUGA